CUGACAGAUAUAAAUUACGUAGUUAGCUGCCUUUAUUUCAUCAAAUACACCCUGGACACCCGAAAUAGCAGUUGAUUAACGGGUCGUUUCUUCUGAGGUGGUUGCCAUGCCAUUGACAAGCCGCUGGUUAGCGGAGCGGCUAACGCUGACUGUGGUGAGCUAACUGAUGCUAUACAGCAGAGGAAUGUGGGGAAAUGUACAGCGCGCCCUAACUUCACUGUUGAAAGAAAAUGGUCCAGUGAGCUUAGAGGAUGCCAGUGAUGAAUCAAAGUAAUCCUUGUCUGUGGACACAGCUCCCCCAGAGCAGCAGGUCUCCAUGUGACCGCUACAAGCAUGCAUGCUGCAGUUAUGAUGGACAUGUCUAUAUCCUGGGAGGCAGAGAGAACAGUUGUCUGAGGGACUUCUGGAAGUACAGUGUGGUGUAUAACGAAUGGACAGAGUUGAACUGUACCAGUGAAGCUGCACCAGAGGAGCUAGAGGAACAUUCUAUGGUGGCUCAUGAGGGUUUCCUGUAUGUGUUUGGAGGCAUGUUGGAUUCCGCGUACAACAAGUGUAGAUGUGCUCUCUGGGUAUUUGACAUUGCAAAGCAGAAGUGGGUACACUGCCAGGGAAAGACAAGAAGUCCUCAGACCCAAAUGCCUACCAACAGAAAAGGACACAGUGCUGUGGUGGUUGGCUCUGCCAUGCUCAUGUAUGGAGGUUUUGUAGACAUAAAAGGAUCCUCACAGGACUUUUGGAAGUUGGAGUUUGAUACCAUGACUUGGUCGGUGCUGAGUGGUUCUCAGCAGGGCUCAUUAGGGCCCGGUCCUAGACAUAGUCACUCGGCCAUGGCCUAUCUGGGCUGCAUGUACCUGUUUGGGGGCUUAAAAGGCUUGCGGGAGCAGAGAGACUUCUGGAAGUGGAAUUCCACCAGCCAGACAUGGAGUUCCCUCAAAAACAAGUCCGGUCCCCCCAGACUGAUGGGCCACUCAGCUGUGGCCUAUAAGGACAGUAUGCUUCUCUUUGGGGGAGGCGAGAGCCAAACCUCUCCAAUGAACUGCCUGUGGAGGUAUAGCUUUCAUACUCAGACCUGGGACCAAGUCAGCACAUUCCCAGGCUCCAACCCCCCUGACAAGAUUCACCACUGCUGUGUUGGGCUCGGUCCCAGCUAUAGGUCUAACACCAGCAGUCCCUGCUCCAGCUCCGAACUGCAGCACAGGUCGCUAGAUGGGAAACACAGGCCCUUUAAGAACAAAUGUUUCCCUGCCCCGCUCAGUUUUCUGGGGUCAGAGGCUGCUAUAGAGCUGGAGACGUUCAGUCCAGACAAGUGCUAUCACAGCAAAACACUCCAAAAUUCUUCAGAAGGGAACACAAGUAAAGAAGCUUUGAUGGGGAAAGAUGCACAGUGGAUUGGAAGCUGUUUGACCUUUGAGAACAAAGCUUUCAGGAAACAGUGGAGCUACACUGAGGAGGAGCUGCUUAAGGAGGAGACAGAAGAUAUUGCCCAGCAUCUGCCUGAUCUGCUGCUGGUUCUAGGGGGAAGACCUUGCACCAGACACAAGCCUAUCUCCAUGUGGCAAAUGACCCUGACUGACUCAUAACAGCCAACAACAAUUUUUACAUUUCUUUCUAUUAGGGAGAAGCAUUAAAAAAACAGUGUUACAUUAUCACUUCACCUGUAUGAAAUCUUAUGUUUAAAUGUUUACUGACGUUUUGUGAAUGACAAUAUAGUUUGACAUAUUUUUAUAACUUUUUUGUGUUAUCAAAAGCAAUUCUGAGUUAACAUUUAUGUGUUUCUGCUGGCACACUGGAAUUAAUAUAUAAUGUCCUUAGAAUGGUGUGCUGAAUGUGUUCCCCCACUUAUACCUACAGAAACAUACAAAGAAAAUCGCCAAACCAA